AUGUCAAAAAAUCCAUUUAUGAACUGCAAGUCACGGAAACGAAGGAAGAACAAGAAUGUCCCAACCCUCCAACCGAAAGAAAAAUUACUUUGUCCACGGACUAUGGUACGUUAUGAUGGAUCACACGCUGAUUACCCUACUAAAUGGGUAUGCAAGAUGUUUCUGAAGGAACUUUUGAGCGAAGCCGCUGUCAAAAACCAUUUAAAUACAUGCAGUGCACUAAAUAGAGAACCUGAACCAGCUCCAACUAAUAAUGAAGAAACCGCUAAAAUCACUCCUUACAUUUGUAAGUACUGCGAUCGGGUGUUUUCAAUUACCGUCACUUUGAAACGGCACUUGGAAAAACAUAAAAAACCACCAGAAUUAUCUGAAAACGAAAUUGAAUAUAAGUUGAAGAAUUUAAAAACCGAACGUAAAAUAUUAAAGGAGUAUUUUUCGUUAUGGGGCAUUCCUGAAAAAUUGGUUACAGACAAUGGGUCUUCUCUAUGUUCUACCGAGAUGAGUGAAUUCCUUAGCAAAAAUGGUGUAUUUCAUAUUAGAACUCCACCAUACAACCCCUCUUCGAAUGGGGCAGCGGAGAAUACAGUUAAAACUUUUAAACAAUUCUUAAAGAAAUGUGCUAAAAAUACUGACAUGGAUACUAAUAUUUGUAAUUUUGUUUUAACAUAUAAUAGUACUAAACAUUGUGCGACUGGAGUUAGUCCAGCAGAGUUGCAUUUAGGCAGGCCUUUAAAUACAUCACUUGAUAGAUUAGUACCUUUUGCUAAACAUAAAUAUAAUAGACCUAUAGAGGAGGUAGAGUGA